AACAGAGUUGUUAACAUUACUAUUCCGACAUUCAUUUUAUCGGCGAAAUUUGGGAGUUAUUGUAACCGAACGAUUAAACAGUUGUGUGUUUCAAACAAUUUCGUCCAGAAUUUUCAGCCGUCGAAGGAGUUCAUCGAAUUAGUGCGAAAGCACCUAAUAGUUCCUUGAUUUUUUCGUUUAAAAGUUGAUUUCUAAUACAUACUAAAGAUGUCUGAUCGCAAGGCAGUAAUUAAAAAUGCUGAUAUGUCUGAGGAGAUGCAGCAAGAUGCUGUUGAUUGUGCUACCCAAGCACUGGAAAAAUAUAAUAUUGAGAAGGAUAUUGCUGCAUAUAUAAAGAAAGAAUUCGACAAAAAAUAUAAUCCAACAUGGCAUUGUAUUGUUGGCCGCAAUUUUGGAAGUUACGUCACACAUGAAACGAGGCACUUCAUAUACUUCUAUUUGGGCCAGGUGGCUAUACUGCUUUUUAAGAGCGGAUAAAUUUUAAAUUGACUAUUGCACAUGUCCCCUUCCAAUAUGCAAAAAUUAAUUAAAAAAAUAAAACAAAUUUCACCACCUACUCUUACAAAAAUAAAUAUUUUUAUGAGCAUUA